CCACAACGUCGAGCUUCAUCCUUGCCAUUGUCGCGCCACCUCUGCCUUAGCUUUACCGAAGGUACAGAAGUAUUUGAGAGGGGAUUAUAUCUACUACUUCGCGAUGCAGCGCCUGCAAGAGAUUAGCUUACGACACCUCCCAGACGUCUCUGGUUCUACAUUUUCAUUGGAAGAUACAUCCUUCCAGAUACCGGUCCUCAACGAAGAUGGAGAAGACCUGCUCAACGACAGCGAUAACGACUUUUUCCGUGGUAUAGAUGCGCGUUCGAGUUUGGCAACUCCAGCACCGGCAAGAAGACAGGUGCAUGACGACCUGACGGUCAGCCAACUGACUCCGCGGAGACUCAACCUCUCACCUUCACCGUCGAAAUCUAAAGCCACUUUUCCUGCCAACCCACGGCUACGGUCCGACUCGCCCUCCAAAGCUACGCCCAAAGUCUGUUUUGAUCCGAGGGCGGUGCGUCAGGCCAAAGCAGAUACUCCCUCACGUCGGUCCGACUCCCCACCAAAAUCAACGACUUAUGAACCAACACUCUCAUCUACGCCUGUGAAAAGGCAUAUAUCGCUCACCGCGGAAGAUCCAUUCACGCCACGGAGAUUUGAGAACCUGCAAGCCGAGGUGGCUACUCUCACGUCGAUGAAUUUCAGGGACGGUCUCGUGUCGACAAAACCCAGGGACGUGCCGGCUAUCUCUGUGUUGAAGCCUGUGAACGCCAAUGUCAGUGUGAUUGACGAGAGUUUUGAUACAGAUGGAGCUGCAGGGCGACUGUUGAUGUAUGGGAGCACGCUUGCAGGCUUCGAAAACGUUGCGCCAACCUCAUCCAUUCCUCCACGCCAAGAGAGUUUGACAGUCUCGAAAAUUUCUCCCCAGAAAAAUGUUACUGUCACGCGCCAGGUUUCCCCCGUGCUAGCGGGAAUGAAGCGGCCGGCGUCCUCGACAGACGACGGACCACGAAAGCGCGAGAAGAAGUCUCAACCGCAAGCGAAACCUCCCAUCAUCACAAAACCGACAUCUUCGCGCAGUAAGGCCUCGACCAACUCAUCAAAGCCUCGCCCACAACCGCCUCCUUCACGGCAACCAACUACGACUACCGUUUCUCUGGGUCUGUCGCGCUCACGCUUCACUUCAGCGCAUAGCCGAAACGAGUCUAGUUUGGCGGCCGAAGCAUCUGGGACAAGCACAUCUAAGAGUAAGGGUCCGCCUGUAAACGCCCAACCGACCGCGAGUACGAACAAGACAUUAUCAUCCUCUUCGCGGCGUUAUGCAAUUCCUGAUUUUAAGGCACUCCAUGCAGCUGAAGAGGCAAGAUUGGCAGCUCGGAAGGAACUUAUCAUUCCUGUGAAGCCGAUAGCAAAGGAGUUUAAUACGGAUGAAAGAAUUAAAGAGCGACGUAUGUUUGAUGAGCGAAUUAAAGAAAAGGAGGCGGAGAUGGAACGGGCGUUGGAGGAACGCAGGAAACAGAGGGAGGAAGAGGAAGAAAGGCAGGUCAGAGAGCUGCGGAGAAAGGCGGUGCCCAAAGCUCAUGAAGUGCCGGAAUGGUAUAAGGAUGCACCUAAGCGUGUACGGCCGACGGAGUAGGUGUGUCUUAGUCAUAUUUUUCUUUUGUUGUCCCUUGGUUUAUAAUUAUUUUGAUUCAACUGUCC